GGGGGCGCGGCGAGGCCGAGGGGGCGGGCGCCGGGCGGAGCCGGAGCCGGAGCCGGAGCCGGGGCGCCUGGAGGCGAUCGGGCCGCGCUCUCCGAGCCCAGAGCGGCGGAGGGGCCGUGCGGCGGGGGUCGGGGCCGGAGCGCGGCCCCGGAGCUGAGGCGGGCCGAGAGGAGCCGUGGCCCCAGCGGCCGGAGCGGCGCCAGGAGCCUCCCCCGGGGCGCCGGGGCCGGGCGGGCCCGGGCCAUGCGCGCCGCUCGCUGAGGCCGAGGGAGGCCGCGAUGGAGGGGCCGGCGGGGGAGUCCCCGGCUCGGGGCUGCGGCCCCCCGCCCGCUCCCGCCCCGGAGAGGAAGAAGAGCCAUCGCGCGCCGUCGCCGGCCCGGCCCAAGGACGUGGCCGGCUGGUCGCUGGCCAAGGGCCGCCGCGGCCCAGGCCCGGGCGCCGCAGCUGCCUGCGGCGCCGCGUCCUCGGCGCGGCCCGACAAGAAGGGGCGUGCGGUGGCGCCCGGGGCGCGGGGCGCAGGCACGCGGGUAGCCGGGGUCCGCACCGGGGUCCGCGCCAAGGGCCGUCCGCGUGCGGGGACCGGGCCGCGACCGCCGCCGCCGCCGCCCAGCCUCACCGACAGCAGCUCGGAGGUGUCGGACUGCGCGUCGGAGGAGGCACGGCUGCUGGGCCUGGAGCUGGCGCUGAGCAGCGACGCGGAGUCGGCGGCCGGGGGCCCGGCGGGGGCCCGCACCGGGCAGCCGCCCCAGCCCGCGCCGGCCGCGCAGCAGCCUCCGCGGCCCCCCGCCUCCCCCGAGGAGCCGUCGGUGGCCGCGUCGUCGGUGGGCAGCAGCCGCCUGCCGCUCAGUGCCUCGCUCGCCUUCUCCGACCUCACCGAGGAGAUGCUGGACUGCGGGCCCGGCGGCUUCGUGCGAGAGCUGGAGGAGCUGCGCUCGGAGAACGACUAUCUCAAGGACGAGAUCGAGGAGCUGCGUGCAGAGAUGUUGGAGAUGCGGGAUGUCUAUAUGGAGGAGGAUGUGUAUCAGCUGCAGGAGCUGCGGCAGCAGCUGGACCAGGCCAGCAAGACCUGUCGCAUCCUGCAGUACCGGCUGCGCAAGGCUGAGCGCCGGAGCCUCCGUGCUGCCCAGACAGGCCAGGUGGAUGGCGAGCUCAUUCGUGGCCUGGAACAGGACGUCAAGGUCUCUAAGGACAUCUCCGUGCGGCUGCAUAAAGAGCUCGAGGCGGUGGAGAAGAAACGGGCGCGGCUGGAGGAGGAGAAUGAGGAGCUUCGGCAGCGGCUCAUUGAGACCGAGCUGGCCAAGCAGGUGCUGCAGACGGAGCUGGAGCGGCCGAGAGAGCAUUCCUUGAAGAAAAGAGGAACCCGCUCCCUGGGGAAGACAGACAAGAAGCCUUCGGUGCAGGAGGACAGCGCCGACCUGAAGUGCCAGCUGCACUUUGCAAAGGAGGAGUCGGCCCUCAUGUGCAAGAAGCUCACCAAGCUGGCCAAGGAGAACGACGGCAUGAAGGAGGAGCUGCUCAAGUACCGCUCGCUCUACGGGGACCUGGACGGCGCCCUGUCGGCCGAGGAGCUGGCGGACGCACCCCACUCGCGGGAGACGGAGCUCAAGGUGCAUCUGAAGCUGGUGGAGGAGGAAGCCAACCUGCUGAGCCGCCGCAUCGUGGAGCUGGAGGUGGAAAACCGUGGCCUGCGGGCCGAGAUGGACGACAUGAAGGAUCACGGCGGCGGCUGCGGGGGCCCCGAGGCCCGGCUGGCCUUCUCGGCGCUGGGCGGCGUUGGCGAGUGCGGGGAGAGCCUGGCGGAGCUGCGACGACACCUGCAGUUCGUGGAGGAGGAGGCCGAGCUGCUGCGGCGCUCCUCGGCCGAGCUGGAGGACCAGAACAAGCUGCUGCUGAGCGAGCUGGCCAAGUACCGCUCGGAGCACGAGCUGGACAUGACGCUGUCGGAGGACAGCUGCUCCGUGCUCAGCGAGCCGUCGCAGGAGGAGCUGGCGGCCGCCAAGUUGCAGAUCGGCGAGCUCAGCGGCAAGGUCAAGAAGCUGCAGUACGAGAACCGGGUGCUCCUCUCCAACCUCCAGCGCUGCGACCUCGCCUCCUGCCAGAGCACGCGGCCCAUGCUGGAGACGGACGCCGAGGCCGGGGACUCCGCCCAGUGCGUGCCCGCGGCCCUGGGCGAGGCCCACGCGCCCCACGGCUCCCGGCUCUGCCGGGCCCGGGAGGCCGAGGCGCUGCCGGGGCUGAGGGAGCAGGCCGCCCUGGUCAGCAAGGCCAUCGACGUCCUGGUGGCCGAUGCCAACGGCUUCACGGCCGGCCUCCGCCCGUAUCUGGACAACGAGUGUGCCGACUUUCGGCUGCACGAGGCCCCCGACAACAACAGCGAGGGCCCCAGGGACGCCAAGCUGAUCCACGCCCUCCUGGUGCGGCUGAGCUUGCUCCAGCAGGAGCUCAACGCCUUCACCCGGAAGGCAGACUCGGUCCUCGGGGGCAACAAGGAGCAGCCAGAGCCCUUCUCGCCGCUGCCGCCCUUGGGCUCCCAGGGGCCCUCCAAGGAGAUGCUUCUGGCCAAAGACCUUGGCUCAGACUUCCAGAUGCAGCCACCUGACCUCAGGGACCUGCCGGAAUGGGAGCCCAGGAUACGAGAGGCCUUUCGCACUGGCGACUUGGACUCCAAGCCCGACCCCAGCCGGAGCUUCAGGCCUUACCGCGCUGAAGACAAUGAUUCCUAUGCCUCUGAGAUCAAGGAGCUGCAGCUGGUGCUGGCCGAAGCACACGACAGCCUCCGGGGCCUACAAGAGCAGCUGUCCCAGGAGCGGCAGCUACGGAAGGAGGAGGCUGAAAACUUCAACCAGAAAAUGGUGCAGCUGAAGGAGGACCAGCAGAGGGCGCUCCUGCGGCGGGAGUUUGAGCUGCAGAGUCUGAGCCUGCAGCGGAGGCUGGAGCAGAAAUUCUGGAGCCAGGAGAAGAACAUGUUGGUGCAGGAGUCCCAGCAGUUCAAGCACAACUUCCUCCUGCUCUUCAUGAAGCUCAGGUGGUUCCUCAAGCGCUGGCGGCAGGGCAAGGUUUUGCCCAGCGAGGGAGAUGACUUCCUUGAGGUAAAUAGCAUGAAGGAGUUGUACCUGCUAAUGGAGGAAGAGGAAUUAAACGCUCAGCAUUCUGAUAACAAGACCUGCACGGGGGACAGCUGGACCCAAAACACGCCCAAUGAGUACAUCAAGACACUGGCUGACAUGAAGGUGACGCUGAAGGAGCUAUGCUGGCUGCUGCGGGAUGAACGCCGUGGUCUGACUGAGCUUCAGCAACAGUUUGCCAAGGCCAAGGCCACCUGGGAGACAGAGCGGGCAGAGCUCAAGAGCCAUGCUGCCCUGAUGGAGCUGAAGGCUGGGAAGGGUGCUGGGGAUCGGGCAGGGCCUGACUGGAAGGCAGCCCUGCAGCGGGAGCGGGAGGAGCAGCAGCACCUCCUGGCUGAGUCCUACAGCGCAGUCAUGGAGCUGACGCGGCAGCUGCAGAUCAGCGAGCACAACUGGGGCCAGGAGAAGCUGCAGCUGGUGGAGCGGCUUCAGGGCGAGAAGCAGCAGGUGGAGCAGCAGGUGAAGGAGCUGCAGAAUCGCCUGAGCCAGCUACAGAAGGCUGCUGACCCCUGGGUCCUGAAGCACGCGGAUCUGGAGAAGCAGGACAACAGCUGGAAAGAGACGUGCAGUGAGAAGAUCCACGACAAGGAGGCUGUUUCUGAAGCUGAGCUUGGGGGAACUGGCUUAAAGAGGACCAAAUCUGUUUCCUCCAUGUCGGAGUUUGAAAGUUUGCUGGACUGUUCCCCCUACCUCGCAGGGGAAGCCGCCCGGGGCAAGAAGCUGCCCAACAGCUCUGCCUUUGCCUUUGUGGGCCCCCAGCCAGUGGACCCAGAGAAGGCUGCCCCGGAACAGCCAGGGCUCUCGCCACGGGACUGCAACCGCCUGGGCACCCUGGGCUGCCAGGAGCCGGCGGGGAGGCAGAUGCAGCGCAGCUACACGGCUCCCGACAAGACGGGCAUCCGCGUCUACUACAGCCCCCCGGUGGCCCGGCGCCUGGGCGUCCCCGUGGUCCACGACAGGGAGGGCAAGAUCAUCAUCGAGCCCGGCUUCCUCUUCACCACAGCCAAGCCCAAAGAGUCGGCCGAGGCGGACGGGCUGGCCGAGAGCUCCUACAGCCGCUGGCUCUGCAACUUCUCCCGGCAGCGCCUGGACGGGGGCUCCGGGGGCGGCCCGUCGGCGGCCGGGCCCGGCUUCCCCGCGGCCCUGCACGACUUCGAGAUGUCGGGCAACAUGAGCGACGACAUGAAGGAGAUCACCAACUGCGUGCGCCAGGCCAUGCGCUCGGGCUCGCUGGAGCGCAAGGUGAAGAGCACGUCCAGCCAGACGGUGGGCGUGGCCAGCGUGGGCACGCAGACCAUCCGCACGGUCAGCGUGGGCCUGCAGACCGACCCGCCCCGCAGCAGCCUGCACGGCAAGAGCUGGACGCCCCGCAGCGCCUCGCUGGUGUCCGUGCGCGGCAAGCAGAUCUCCUCCUCCCUGGACAAGGUGCACUCGCGCAUCGAGCGGCCGUGCUGCUCGCCCAAGUACGGCUCGCCCAAGCUCCAGAGGCGGUCCGUGUCCAAGCUGGACGGGGCCAAGGACCGCAGCCUGUGGAACCUGCACCAGGGCAAGCAGAACGGCUCGGCCUGGGCGCGCUCCACCACCACGCGGGACAGCCCCGUGCUGAGGAACAUCAACGACGGGCUGUCCAGCCUCUUCAGCGUGGUGGAGCACUCAGGGAGCACGGAGUCCGUCUGGAAACUGGGCAUGUCCGAGGCCCGGGCCAAGCCCGAGCCGCCCAAGUACGGCAUCGUGCAGGAGUUCUUCCGCAACGUGUGCGGCCGGGCGCCAAGCCCCACGUCGGCGCCGGGGGAGGAGGGCGCCAAGAAGCCGGAGCCCCUCUCCCCCGCCAGCUACCACCAGCCGGAGGGCAUGGCCAGGAUCCUGAGCAAGAAAGCGGCCAAGGCAGGCGGCAGCGAGGAGGUCCGGCUCUGUGUGCUCCCCCAGGUGGGGAAGGAUGGGGUCCCUCGCGAUGGAGAUGGAGCCACGGUCCUUCCCAAUGAGGAUGCUGUGUGUGACUGUAGCACCCAGUCUCUCGCCUCCUGCUUCGCCCGGCCAUCCCGCUCUGCCGUCCGCCAGUCUCCUUCCAAGUGCAGGCUGCACCCUUCAGAGUCCGGCUGGGGUGGGGAGGAGAGGGCAGCCCCCCUCAGCGAGUGACAGAGCAGCCGAGCUUCCCACCUCAACCAGCCCAGUCCCUGAACAGCUAAAGGGCACCAGCCGAAGGGAACCAGUGGAGAGGAGACGAGGCGAGGGGCCCGUGCCCCCGGCAUCUUUUGCCCUGGAGGGGCAGCAGCUGCACCACUGCCACAGAAGAGCUUUCCCAUCCAGGUAAAGCGGGGUCUCCUGCUGACCGCUGGGUGGUGAUCUCUGACUUCCCAGGGGAAAGCAGCGAGUGGGAGAAAGGCCAAAACUGGGCUUCGGAGCCUCUCCAGAGAGAUCCCUUGGGGGCUGAUCCCUGGGUUGUAAGGGAAGGAGCCUUGCCUGGUUCUGUCCACACCCACUUCUCAGAAGAGCCAAGGAAAGGAUACACUUCCGGCUAUGCCCCUCAGGGAAAAGUGCUCACAGAGAUGUUCCCUGCCAAACACAUCCCUCUUCAUGGGGAGGAAACACCCAUGAGAAGAACAGGCUUUACUCUAGGGCUCACCGUGGGGUUCUUGAUGGAGCUGAGCUGGGCAUCACCCCAUCCCUUUCUUCCUUCCACCACCCCCUUCUCCCAGCCCUGCUGCUCUGGAUGGCCGCAGCUGUAGGGGACAUGAUAGGGCAGUAGCCAGGGUCAAGUAUCCGCUUGGAAUCCUGGAGCCCUGGAUCUCCCUGCCCAUAGCCUGGAAGCAGCAAGAACUAGAAGACGAGGUAGAAGUGUGUGGGGCUCAGGGUCAGGGAGCCACUGGAACUGCCUUUCUUGCCAAGGUGACUUGGGGGGCCCAACCUUCCCAGGAGACUCCUUGAGGACAGAAAUAGGUAGAGUCCAUCUCAAGACCUGGUGCACAGAUAAAUAAAUGCCUAACUGCCCACUGCCUUGAUCGCUGGGGACUCUUUCCCCAGCACCCUGGAGGGGCACCACAUCUCCACUGUGUUUACAUCCUGUGGCUGGUGGAGGGCAAAGAUGUUCCCAGUGAGAGACUCCCAGUUGGCCAGAUCAGGCCGAGGAGCAUUCCAAGAGACGGGUGCCACAGGACAUGGCAACAGACUGGGGCCUGGAAACACAUUUCUUGCCUAGGUUGUUUAUUUGAAUUUUUCUUACUAUAAAUAUUUAAGGUGGUUUUAGUUUAUUUUAAUAAUUUAAUUUACCCCAAAGCCCCUAAGGUAAUUUAUUGGAGGUUGACACAUGUAUUCUCGCCACCGGGACAAUGCAAGGCUUUAACACGACGGAUGGGCACGGGGUCCCCCAUGUGGAUGAAAUAACUCAGCAGCCAAGCUCUGGUCUCCUGGUCAGGUUUGGAGGGCCGCCCAGCAGAGCUGGAGCCCUGCAGCUUGCUCCCCCAAAACGGCUGACCCUUUGGCCUCAGAGCACCACUUUAUACUCAACACCCGGUACUUGCCCAGCCCCCAGCCGUGAGUCUGUAAAUGCUCACAGACAGGGUGGAGGGCUGGACCAACGUCACCACUUCCCAAACAUUUUCCGUUUUCAUUUUCAUUUUCCUCCCUCCCUCCCUCUGACACCUUUUUUAUUUUAAUGAGUCAAACGUGGAUUACUAAGGCUUUAUCAAGAGCACGGAGAGCUCUCCAAGUUCCCUAAGUGAGAACUCGCAGGAAAACAGGACUGAACUUCGAGAGGGUUGUUUAUUGCAGCUUUGCACAUGGAUCUGAGAGUGUCUGCCAGCCUGCCUCAGUUCUCACCAGCCUACCAGCCUUUUCACCAGCCUCUCUCCUUAGCCUUAUGGACUCUCCUAGCUCGUCUCCCAGCCCCAACUGCACUGCCCACCCUUCCCCAUGUCCCAUAUGAGCUGCCUGAGCCAUCGGACAGAUUGCAGCGUGGCUCAUUGCAGUGUGGUGACAGGGGGUGGGGGGUGGGGAUGGGACUCAGAUGGCCUCCCCUUUGGUGCCAGUGAACUCAUUUUAGUUGCACACACGCCCGCACACCUGCGUGUAACUGGCUGGGGGCUCAGAGUGGAAACACCAGGAUAAAGUGGCUUAUCUGUGAAUUCCCCAUCAGAAAGACCAAAAGUGAACAGCUUUGCUGGUUUGCCCCCAGGACUCAGGAGGUGCAUCUGCGCUCCCACCCACCAGCUCCCAGUCUUGCCCUUUCUGGGGCACCUGGACCAGUUACCCAAAUUCCUUUAUCUCUAUUCCCUUUUGGCAGAACUUUGGGGUCAUGUUAGUGCAACCAGCCACUUCCUCAUGCCAUAGUGACCUGUGAGGGCAGAGCGGGCAGGCCAAUGGAGCCGCAGGCCAGUCCCUUCUGGGAUGCCUCUGAUUCCACCCAAGAGGUCAGGGGGCCCCUCCCAGGUUAUCUCCAAGUGAGGGGAUUCACAUAAGGCCACAAGCCACCAGAGGCCUUCUGCCACCUCCCCGAGCUGCAGAGGGCCAGGGAGGCUGUGCUUCUAGCCUUGGGGAGAAAUCCUCGUGAAACCUGAACCCUGCGGACCGCUCAGCCUUACUGUCGUUUUCAUCCAAGAUGUCGUUCUCAUCCAAGAUCGUCCUUGCAUUCUGGUCUUAGUACCUGGCCGCCCAGCCCUCAGCCAGUGUCGGAGGCCUCAGACCUUGGUUUUCAAUAAAGUCCCUUCCUCCUGCCUCUGCAUGCCACUGUGCAAGGUCACUCAUCACUGUUCCUACAGAAGCCUCUGACGUGGGGCUUGAUGGGGUUGAAAAUGUUAUGUGUAAAUAUUGGUUUGGUUUGAUUUCUAGCAUUUUAAUUAGUAACUGGUUAUGUUUUCUUUUUUGGGGUGGGGGGUUGGUUUGUAAAAACUCUCUACUCUCCUGGAAUGUAAUUUCUAAGUUUGUUUGUUUUUUCAAAUGCUUUUUUAAGUCUUGGUAACAUUCCCAAAGCAGAAACUGCCUGGCCCGCUGUGGGGACUCCCCUGGAGCACUGGGUCCCAGGAAGGAACACUGCCCUUUUCCUGUUUCUUCCCCUUCCUGCUACCCCUUGCCUUUUUACUCCUAGCAACUUCCUCUUCCUUCUCUUCCUCCUCCUCUAUCCUUCUUUUUCCUUUCCUUCCAUCUCUAUUCUCUUCAGCCAAAGUCCCAAGGAACCCUGGGGCCCUAAUUCCCUACAGACCCCUAGGCUUGGAUCCAUUGUGUUGGCACCAGUUGGUUGAGGGGAAACGGGAGACUAGUUGGCAUGGUUGACUCCAAACUGGACGAUCUUGUGUUUCUUAUCUCUGAGCUCUUCCCACAGCCAAAUUAGACCCUCCUGGGGGCAGUGAUGUCUGUAUUUGAAAUGAAAACCAAACCACUUUGACACAUCAGUGGUCCCUAGAUCACACAUGCACAAGGCAUCAGUAUCCAAGCCCCUGUCACCCUGGCAGCCCUUUCCCCCCCAAUUUUUUCCCCACCAAAGGCUGACCAAUUUUAAAAACCCCUCCAAGAGGUCUUGCUCAAAACGGCCCCUCCCCUUGGUCUCCCUGGGGACACUCCUCUACCAGCUGCUCUUCCCAGGUGACAAAGUUGAGGGCCCAAGACCUGACCCUCUUACAUUCUUACUGCCAUGUGGCUCCCUUGUGCCUGCCCCCACGCACCUUUCAUGGUUUCAUCCCCUGGCCUGUUCUCCUCUUGCCCAUCCAACUUCCAGGCCCUUCCUGCCUCUCCUCUGCCAUCUAGAAUGCCCCCCCACCCCCCGUGCAGCUUUGCCAGCUUUCCAGCCCCACCAGCCCCCACCCCCAUACACCCCUCCUAGAGCACGUUGCUAUUUAGAAAUUGCUUCCCCAUGCCAUAUCUCCCUCAGACUUCUAAGGGCCAACUCUGGGAGGCAACCUUGGCAAGAUAGGGGUUAGUGCUCCCAUUUUACAGAUGAGGAAACUGAGGUGCAGGUCUCAUCCCAGAGUUACCUAACUGGGAAGUCAUCAAGUUUAGACUGGAACCUGGGUCCACGGGAUUUCCCAGCCCAACUCUGUUCUGCUUGUUGUGUCAACCCACUGCCCUGCUGGGGGCUUUGUGCAGGACACCAGAACGUGCCACUGCCCAGCUCAGACAUAAAACCAGUCCACUCUGAAUCACUGGACUCGUGCAUCCCAGAGGGUGGUGUGGGGACCCCCUGCAUCAGAAUCCUCUGAGGGCAUGCCCAAAAUGCAGCUUCCUGGGCCCCACCUCAUCCUUUGGGCCAGGAAUCUGCGUAUCUAACAAACUCCCAGGGAGAUCCUCAGUACCAGUGGGCACACCAUUGAUGUUCACAGCCCUGAUCAUUAGGCCAUCUUUCUUUUAACUAAAUAACCAUGAUGUUAUAUCUUAAAAAGAGCACUGAGCUGGGCAUUAGGGGACCAGGUCCUCAACCCAGCUCUGAUUUGGGUUAAUUAUGCUGAGAAUUUCCAAAAAGCACCAGAGGCAAUUCACGAUCUUAGUCAUAAGCUUCAGUAAGACAAUAGAAAAAAAGGUCAAAAAGCAAGAGGAAUUAUCAUUCCCAAGAUCUAUCUGGAUGUUAGUCCCAUAAUCCUGCAAUUAAAUUUUACUCUUGAGUUUCCUGGCAGCCACAGUAAAAAGGGAAGCACAUCAGGUUUCAUAACUGUCGUCAUUCUGUCAUGGGAAGUAACCAUAUUUGCCCCAGGAGACAAACUCUUCUACUGCUAAUUUAGAGCAUGUGUCAUUUCUUCAAAGCCCACUAAGCUGGUUGCAGUGUGAACCUAAGAUGCAAGGAUGUUUCCCAGGUUACAAUUUUCAAAAUAAUAAUAAACUGCCACCAACUUGAAGGACCUUGGCCCCAGAGCAUGUGGCUAGUCUGUGCCUCAGUUCCUCCAGCUAUAAAGUGGGAGAAUGCCCUACCUCGCAUGGCUGUGCUGAGGACCAGAUACAAUACUGUGCCUGUGAAUCUACUUGGGAAAACAUAAGAUUCUACACCAAUGGGAAGUGGUCUGACCACACUCAUUCUCCCCAGGCCAGCACCCUAAGUGCCCUGGCCCUGGGGGUGACACACCCCUCACUAGUCUUGGUGAAUAGAAAGGGUAAUAAACUGGAUCAACCCCCUCACUUUUUCUUUAAUUGUAUGGCAACACAUACAUAACAUGAAACUUACUGUUUUAGCCAUUUUUAAGUGGCUUUAAAAACAUUCACAAUGUUGUACAACCAUUACCACUGUCCAUUUCCAGGACUUUUCAUCACCUCAAACUAAAACUCUAUACCCACUAAACAGUAAUUCCCCAUCCCUCUCCCCCAGCCCCUGUAACCUCUAUUCUACUUUCUGUCUCUAUGAAUUUGCCUAUUCUAAGCACUUCAUAUAAGUGGAAUCAUACAUACAGUGUUUGUCCUUCUGUGUCGAACCCCUUCACAUUUUUGGAUGAGGAAUCAGGCCCAGAGAAGGGAGAGAGGGGCUCACCCAAGGUCAGACAGCAGGUUAGAGGCAGAAUCAGGACCGGAACCCAGGUUUCCCGACUCCCAGCAGGUUCUGCAUCCCCAUGGAGAUGAGACCCCCAUCUACCAUUCCGUGGUCUUGGUUGAACCCCUUCCUCUCUCUGGGCUCAGUCUGUUUGCUUCCCACCACCCACCCAUCCUCUCUUUUAUCAUCUUCCUCCAAAGCUUCACCUCCUCCUGCUUCCUCUUCUCCGGCUGAUUCCCACCCGCAGACCGAGUGGCCCUGACCCACGCCUAGGUUUUCCUCAUCUGAGCCCUGGGCUUCUUUGUAGCACCCAUCCCUCAGCUCUCCCAGAAUGGCCUCCCCACCUCUGUUAGCCACCCAUGGAUUUCCCUGUAACCUCAGCAACCCCCUUCCCGCCCCCUCAACCUCACAUUUCCAUCUUCCCGUGUCUGUGGCCUCCCAAUUUCAACUGUCUGCUUUCAGAUCUGGUUGUAUGUCCAGGGUUCUGUUUUAUUUUGUGUUUUCUCACACCAAAGGGGGCACCUUUCUCCAACACCUCAGGCUGGGCUUGGCCCCAGUAACCCCCCUCAAGGCCAGAAAGAUCCCCCCUGAAUCCCACCCUUGAGCCCCAUUUUCUUCUGUCCACAGCCUCCCGACAAGACCCCAGCACUUUCUACCAGGAACUGAGGGGGACUUAGACCUCCAUUGUGGCCUCCUCUAUUCUGUCCAGACUUGCAUGGCCUUGUUUGGAAAGCAGACACAGCCUGGCUUGGGUUUUUCUCUCCCUGGCCAUCUGUCUGUCCGUCUGACAUCCCACCAUCCUCUCCACGUUCCCCUGAACCUCACCGCCUCUGGAACAGCGUGCCCUGGCAGAACCUGUAGCCCACCCUAGCACUCCUCCUUACCCCUCCCAACAGUGUUUGCAGUUCGCAAAGUCCACAGACAUAAGAACCAGAGGGGACUGGUGCCGUGACGCUGGGCCUGAGUCCCCUGCCCAGGGCUCCUCCCUACCCCUCCUGCACUCUUUUUGGACCCUACCUUGUCUAUCCCAUCAGCCCUAUUCCUCUUUCUUCCUGCCCUUCACCAGCCCCCUGGAUCCCAGGUUCUAAGGAAAGGAGCUUUGGUUUCCCCUAAGCAUCCUAAACGGCCGAAGUCGUCAGGGCCUGGCCACCUGGUCAGUCUCCAUUCGGAUACCACCCAAACUGCUCCCAUGAAAAGGAACCUCAGCCAGGAGUCUGGAGACCUGGCCCAGGUCUGGGCAGACGUCUUAACUUCUUUGUGUUUGGCUGGUUGCAUGAUUUUAUGAGCAUGAGCAUGGUCCUUAGGGUCCCAGAGCACCCCCCGUGUUUUGGGGUCCUGCCUCACCAUCCUCUCUCCACUAGGCCCUGGUAUCCUGGCUCCUCUCUCAGCUCUGCCACUUAACUCUGUGCCUUAGUUUACUUUUCCGCACAGGGGGUUCACCACAAGUCUAUUCCCAGCAGCUUCCCAGACAUUUUGGUGCCUCUAAGGCAGGGCCUUGCCAGCUGUGGCCCAGCUCCCUGGCACUGUCUUGGGGCACCAGGUCGCUGAGGGUGAGAUGCCUGGAGGUUCUCAAAGAAGCAGGAGCGUCACCUGGGAACUUGAUAGAAAUGCAAAGUAUUGACCCCAUUCACAACCUACAGAAUUAGAGCUUUGGUUGAGGAUGGGGGAGCAGCAAGCGAGGGUUUAACAGGCCCUCCAGGGGAUUCUGAUAUACACAGGAAUUUGCCACCUGCUCAUCUAGACCAGCAAAUAGUGUGGCCUGGUGACGGACUGAGACUGGUCCUGACCAGGAACAGGUGGGAAAUACCAACUUCAUCUGGACUUCUGAGAGAUUGGGAACCCUCCCUGCCCCUACCUAAAGCAAAACAGUUUCCUCUUCCUGGAAACUGGGGGGCUGGGAAAAGGCAUACUGUUUUCCUUUCCCUGCACCUGGCUUGGUUCCAGUUCUGCCCACCUCUCCUGCUUGUCUGGGUUUUACGAAAGGUUGUGUAGGGUUGUGCCAGCCAGGUGGGGGGUGGGGGUCCUGUGGGGGGCGGGCAGAAGACAAAAGACCCUGGCAAAAGACUGACUGUUUAUCCCUCGGGAACCUCACCAUAGGCUUAUGGCCUCUCUUCAAAUGGAAAGAAACUUAACUCCUCAAAGAAAGAAUACUAAACCCCCAGCCAGCUCCUCUUCCUCCUUCUCCCACCUCCAGGGAGACCUUGUAGACAGUGCCAAAAAACAGCUCCAACCCCCAGCAGCUGGGGAAGAGAGCCAGAAGCUGUCCCUCCUCCUCAUCCUGGCCCCCCUCCCCAACCCCUGCCAAUACUGUGAAGCCCCCUUCCUGACCAUCCUGGUUCCCUGGUGUGGACCCUGCAGUUGUGGGCUCUAGAGGAUCCCCCAGGGAAAGGCCUUUGGGAGGGAAGGGACCAAGGGCAUCCUUGGGCCAAACUGUCCACCUCUCCUGUCUGCUGUUUCUCCUCCCUACUCCUGUCUUCAAAAGGCUCCUUCCCAGGAUGGAUUGGGUGCUAGGACAACCGUGGUCCAAUCCGCCAGCUCUCCUUGUCCCUGUGUCUUAUUUCAGACAUGAGAAUAACUGUACAGUGUAAACUUACAAAGGGUUUUUAAUGGUUGUAGAUUGGAAAUAAAGUAUGUCA